UAUGGCGGACAACGAAAGUGAUUUGGAAACAGACGGGCUUGAAUUAGCUCUGGACACCCUGUGUCACAGAUACUGCAGCAACGAGUCAUCCCUGAACAGCAAGGACUACUGUUCUGAGUUUUGUGAGUUGGUUGAGGAGUACACAGGGCAGUGGCACGUUCCUCUCCCUCAGCUCAAGGUGCUGCGGACUGCACUGUGCAGUUUUACCAAAGCCACUGCUCCCUUCCCAGAUGACUGUCAGCACAUCCAGUAUGUUCUCAGCAGUCUGGCCUUGAGCUUCUUCGAACUGAUGCUGUUUUUUAGCAAGGAGGAAUUUGUGGAAGAGCCUUUAAAAGACAUCCUUGACUCUUUUCAGGGGUGCCAUUCUCAACUCCUGAGACACAGGAACAUCUACCUUAAGCAUGCGAAGCAGAUCAUCAAAGGAGGAGGUCCAUGGGAGCAUCCAGUGCUGCAAGGAAUCUUAAAGGAGGCAGAUUUGCCUCAAAAUGAGGUUGAGGAUUUUUUGAGUUCAGAAUUGCCAAUAUUCUUGGAGCUGCGGGUUCGAUAUCUGCAAGCCUGUGAACGAAUGCAGGAGGCCAUGUGUCUGGCUAAAAGCUGCCUGGAAAACCAAGAGGCUGGCAAGCAUCUGUACUUUCACCAGGCCUACCUGACCUGCCUCUACAAGGCCUCACUGCAUGAAAACCUUCACAAAGAGAUGGCAGAAAUAGACGGCCGUAAUGCAGUGGAGAUAAUCUGCAACACAGAGAGCGUGGAAAAAGAUGAGCUUUUAUUGUCACUUUGUAAAGCUUUCCUCACUCGGCAGCUGCAAAAUGGAGAUAUGUAUUACAUCUGGGACCUGGUUUUUAUCUGGAGUAGGUUGCAUCUCAGGGCCCAUCCUUCCCGACAAGGCUUCCUGACCGAGUGCUUACAGCUGGCUUCCACUGCUACCAAUGUCAGAGCCAUCUUUCCCUUCAUCAAGCUGGUCACCACUGAGUUGGGUGCCGACGGAGUCCAGGUCUGUGUGGAGCUUUGUGCCAGGGCCUUGCAGCUGUGUGAUAUGCAGGAUGAUUCUGUAGCCCAGUCCCUGGUCUGCAAGACCAUUGCUUUCCUGCUGCCUCGUGAUCUGGAGAUCUGUCGAGCGUGUGCCCUGCUUGUCUUCUGCCAGGAACGCAGUCUGGAGGCGUACCAAACUGUCAGUCUACUUUACAUGCAUCCUGAUCAGGAGCCACACCCCCACAGCAACCCUGUCCGGACCAACGUUCGCUUCCAUAUUCUGCAGAUGCUGAAAGAGCGCUUGUGUUUUGACCCUGAAUUUUGGAACCUUCUUACCAUCAAGACUUAUUGUUUAGAGUUAAUGAGUGACAAUGUUAUGAAAGAUGCUGUGCUCAGUGAAAUGCAGGAGGAAGAGGAGAAGGAAUACACUGAAGAGGCUUUGCCAAAUAACUGCAUAAAUCGUUCAUGUAUUCUUGGUAAUAAUACCUGCCACUGCAAUCAAGCUGCAUUAGUGAAGCAAGAGGUUCCAGAAAAGCAAAGUUUAAAUGGAGCAGGAAGAAAGUGUGUUGCACCAAACAAUGGUCCUUUAAACAGGAGGAAAUGGAGGAGAAGCCUCAGGAGGAGAACACAGGCUUUGUAUGAUGACGAUCUUGAACUCAGUGAUGAUCCAGAGAUCAAAUACAAUCUGAAAUCCACCUCUCUGGGUAAUAAGCCUGUGUACUCACUAAGACACAACCAUACUACUGUGGAAAAUUCCACCUCUGUUAGGGUUCCUCUAAACCGCAAAAGGGAAUACCUGUCUAGAUGUGUUAAGAGCCAAAUUUUAAAAAGGAAAGGUCGAAAGAAGAGGUGGUUGCAGGGUAUUCCAAGACUGGAGCAGAUACAAACGGUCAAAGAGAAGAAGAUCAAAAUUAAAGGUAAAAAACGGGGAAGGAAGCCUUUGUCAAAACUGGAGCUCUCUUAUCCAGAUAAUGAAAUAUACCUUACAGAGGAGAAAAUGGACAUGGAGGGCAAGGUGCAUGAUAUGCCUUAUCUAGAAUCUGAACACGAAAACAAGAGUGAACAAAAAGAAAAUGAACUUGAGUGUCUGAAUGAUCCUGUGAGGGAAAAUGGAGAAAACACUAAUCCUGUCUGCGGUAGCUGUUUGAGUGAAGAAAGCCAGAAGGAAUCCCAAACACAGUUUGAGACCAAGCUUUCUGAAGACCAAUAUUGCGACCCUCAGGCAGCUGUUCCAGCCACUGAAGCCAGUCCUGAGCUUGAUGGUCCACUGUUGGAGUUAGUGGGCUGUCCAGUGGAACUGUGGCACAGUUAUUCCCUUAAUUCCAAAAAUCUUGACGACGAGAGACCACAAAGUCCAGAGUGUCAGGAAUCUGAUGAGGUUAAUGGCAACGCAGAGGAGGAGCCCCAGCCAGAAGUGGAAACAAAAAUCCCCAAAACAGAGAUGAAAACCAAGAGGACAUGGAGGGACAGAGUAAUCCGCAGUCAACAAUAUGCUCAUUUGACACACCACUGCAAGUUCUGCCUCAAAACCUACAAGGGUUUGAAUGUGAUGAGGCAUGCACUUUCACACCUCAAGAGCAGAAACCGAAGGUGCAUACUCUGUGGAAAGCACUUUAAACAGCUUCCUUUGGCCAAAAAGCAUGUUUUGGAACACAUCGAUGAAAUGUGCAAACAGAAACCUCCUGAUAAGGAGCCAUGUGCAGAGGAACCCCCAGCUGCUAACGGAAUAAUAGAUAAUGUGGGAAAUCAGUGCAAGGCUCAAGAUGCAAGUCAGGCUUCUGUUUUAGAAGAUGAAACUUCUGGACAGAAACCCAAAGCCAAGACUAAAGUGUCAAGCCUCAACAGGGAAGAGCGCAUCAUCAGGAAUGUUCGCACCCUCCUGAAAAAGACAGCCGCAAUUUACAAAAAAUCAAAAAACUCCGACACAAAUGUAUUCAAGCAGAUGGAUUUCAAGGAUGAGCAAGUGGUUAUUGCAGAUGACCUGGUGAUCAUUAAAGAUUUACCUUUGAUAAAGAUGGAGGGAGAGGGGGAGGAGACAGCAGCAGAAGAAAAUGGCUGCAGCGUGGACAUAAAGUACCACCUGUGUCCAUCAGAGUCCUGUGAUAGAGUGUUUUUGAGGAUCAGCUCCACACUUACAAAGCACGCUAUCAAAUGCCACUGUGAUGAAGAUAAGGUGCUGGAGAAGACUUUUGUUUGGACCAAACGCAAGUGCAGCUACUGCUUCAGACAGCUACAGUUUCUUCAGCAUUAUAAGGACCACAUGAAGCUCCACAACAAUCCGCUCUCACACUUCUGUCAACAUCUGGACUGUAAAGAGCGCUUCUCAACACAGCAGGAGUUAAGGGACCAUAUCAAUAUCCACCAGCCUUUCAGACCUCAGUGUCCAUUUACAGAUUGUGAGAAGCUUUUCACAAGUUAUCAGGGUCUCUUUGACCACGAAUGGAGGCACUAUGUCCCUGUACCCCAAAAAGAGGAGCCGGAGUCGGCAUCCAGCAAACAGGAACAGCCAAGCGCUGAAGCUCCUUGGAAGCAGAGGGUAAAAGUUGAGGAGCUUUGGCUGCAGGGUAAAAAAGUGCAGAGGGAAAGUGAAGAUGAAGCGUGUGAAACAAGAACCUCAAACAUUAGUCAGACUCUGCCUACAUCUGAUGAUUGUUUAGUGAAAACUGUCAGUAAUGACCACACGGAAGAUAGUAAGCCCACCAUCAAUGGAUAUGAGGACGUGACCAAAAAGGUGAUGGAGGAGUUGAUGGCCAUUUCCCAUGCUGUUCCAGCUGCAACCACUCCCAGUAAGAAAGGUCGGAAAAAAAAUGACGAUGACAUCAAUGUCCGAGAUCUUGAGGAGCUGUCCACUCUGGCUGAGGGAUUCCAGAAGAAUAUAGGAGAGCCGCACAUCACAGAGCACAAAACCUUCAAACCCGAAGAUCCCUCCUAUGCACCCUUCGUUAAAACCCCCUUCGUCCGGCCGCCGCCUUCCACUUAUCUAGACGAGUCCUUACUCUCAAUGCGCAAAAGGAGAUCUACGGAUCCUUCUGAGGGACCUCCCAAGAAAUAUGCUUAUUACACUAAUAAGAAAAAGAAAGAGUCCACCGGAGUAAAGGAACAAAAAGGAGAUGCUGUGGCACCAGAGCAGAAGAUCAGACAUCGAUGUGACAAAUGUCUUUCCUCCUUCAGCAGCUUAGCAGAAUUACAGAAACAUCAAGCCCUGAACACCUGCUCUUCACUCUUUGGCUUUGAUUCAGACGACGAAAAUUAGUUUUUCCUAUCAAUUCAUCAAUUGAGCCAUAACCAAAAAAAACGUGUAAUGGUUUAAAACAAGGAACCGCUGGUAAUCUUUGUAUGAAAAAACAAGCUGCCACUCAAACAAUGUGUUCUUUGCUACACUUUAUUCAUAGUUGGUUAAAAUACUAAUUUAUUACAGACAGCUGUGCCAAAAAAUGUAAUUAGUUAAUUAAUUGAUAGUACUUUUAAAAGCAACAUCUGAUACUUCAGUAUUUGUUAAUAGAUUUCUUUUUAUUAACAUGGUAUAAUUUUACCUUUGACUUCAUUUCAGGUUACUUUGUAGUAUUUAGUAAACAGUUGACUUUAAGGAUCUAGCACUGUAUACAGUGGCUUGCAAAAAUAUUCAUGAUUUUAUGUUUCAACUUCUAAUGAAAAUAAAUUCUGUGGUUAUUUUAUAUAUAUUUUUUCAUAGCCAGUUGUAUGUAUUUGAUUUGUAGUCAUCAGUAACCUCAUGGUGGCACUUAUUGAUAAUGUCUCUUGAUAAGUGGCAUUGUGGACUGUGGGGCCUUAUAAAUCUCAGAAUAGGUGUAUAAUUUAAAUAUCGUGAUCAUGUGACAUAUGGACUGCAAAUAGGUAGGCCAUAUUUUAGAAAUAUUGCGGUACUUGUGUAGCACUGGAGAUAAUAGCACUGGCUUUAUAAUGUCCAUUUACAUGAAUGUAUAUGCAUACAGUUUUUUUCAUUUCACCACCAAUUUGGACAUUUUUUUGUCGAUUUAUUUUACAUAAAUACAUUUUGCAAGCCACUGUAGUCAUUUAUAAUACUCUGUUGCCAAAGCUUUAGGGUUGCAGAGGCUGUUCAGCUGUACUCAGAGGCACUUCUUCCACAUUUGGCCAUUUCAGCUAUAUCUGAAAUAUUCCGUUUAAACUAACCAGGCUGUUAUGGAUUUUACAUACAUCUUCAGCAGUGUUCAGACAGCUUAAAUUCUUUUUGCUCAACAAAGUCUUCCAAAUAAUUGAUGCACCACUUCGGUAUUAGAUAGGAACAUUUUAGAAGUGCUUGAUGGAUGUCUGAUGUGUCCUUAAAUUGCUGUACAGCUAAAAAAAUUAUUUUUAUUGUGAAAAUCUUCCUGUUCUUUGCCACACAUAGCAAACAUAAAAACAAGGUGUUUGAGUAAAAUGUGUGGGCUGCAGUUUCUGUAGUUUGGCAGAAGUGGUUUUGCUUUUCAAUUAGUCUUUUGAUCAAAGAAUGAUAAUAACUCAGUCUCUUGAUAGAUCUGUGACCAAAUUAUGUGAAAGAUGCAAAUCUGCUCUCAGUGUUUAAUUCUCUGUACAGCAUAUGAAUUAUUCACUUUUAUAUGUGCCAAUACUGAAACAAUGUUAGACUGUGGAGAUAAACAAAAAUUGGUCACAGUAUCAACUUGUAUUGAAUUUUAAAGUUGAUAAUUUUCAGUUUCUUGACUGUAAAUACUUUUAAGAUGCUUGAUCAAUUUUUGAUCUUUUUACUGUAAUGUUUUUAUAGGAUUGUGCUUUAAUCUGUUUAUUUAUAUGUACAGAUGUUAAUAGAUUGGUUUUGUAAAGGGUAAUAAGUACCCACUUAUUUUUCUUAAAGAAAAAAGUUAUUACACUUGUUUGAAUAAACAAUAACCAAGAAGUCUCCUUAUUAAGGCUACAUCUGCUGUGACUUGUAAAUGGGUCAAAAAGUUGUGCAUGAUGCAAGAGUUACAUAACUUUAGAUUCCAAAUUCAGGACAUGUUUCUACUAGUUCAGGGGGUUUAUUUAGUUUGGAUUUUGUAGCUUUAGAUAUUUACAAGUAAGAAAAACUAACUGGGAAAAUCGUAAAACCAAAAGUGGUCUCUUUAAAGCAAGUUUCAUGUAAUGAAACACAAAAGAAGGAGACUUAAUACAUGUAGUUCAGCAUUGCAUAUUUACUGUUCAACAUAUUGCUUCAUUAGACUCAGGAACAAUAUAACAAUUUUAUUUAAACUACUU